AUGACUGUACGAGACACCAAGCGUGACCACCAUUCUUUGGACUUUCCCGAUCUUGACCUGAUACAGUUGCAACACCUUCAGGAAGCUAUCAAAGUUAACCUGUGCGCGUUUGUGGAUGAUUUGUCACUAGAGGGAGGAGAGGUCCUAGACAGAUUAGUUGAUGAAGAGUACUACAGUAUUCGAUGUCGAUCGACGCCAAGGGAUAUGUCCACCAGGAUCUGUAUCAUGAAAGCUACAGUAGAUAUACGAGAUAUUGCAGAUGCACUUCUCAGCAAAGAAAUGAUACAGGAUGAACUGUAUGAGGAGAUAGUACAAGCUGAAAGCCCACAGAACUUACGUCCACAUUUUUGGGAAUGUAUUAUUGAACACAUAAAGGGUUCGUCAGAUCAACGGAAUGAUAUUAAAGUCUUAAUUGAGUGUCUGAAAAAGCAAUAUUCUCAUAUAGCGUCAUGUCUAACUGACGUAGAAUGUCAUACGGUACUCCAAUGUUGCUUUUGUACAUAUCGCAGGCGUAACAAGGGCAAAAGACUACGAGAAAGCUACUACUUCCAAACUGAAACUGAUGCUAGUGCGACAUCUGAAAGAUCAGAGUUUAGUGACAGUGAGAGUUUAGAGUCAUCUUACUAUAGUUAUCAUGGAGAGGAGGAGGUUACCAUGAGGCCUAAAGAAAGAAGGUCUACAGACAGAAAAAAGAAAAUACAAGAAUUUAAUACUUUCCUGAGAAACGACUAUAAUCCAAACAAGAUGCUAAAGGAUGCUGAAGAAACUGAUGUAAAACAAACUGCUUCACGUAAAAGUAGAGUAGUCCUUUUUGACAUCAAAGAAGUUAAUGAUGAAAAGACUGGUCCAACGCAUGAAACUUCCGUUACCCGUCCUUUUAAACAGGUUCAACAUGAACAAGUUCAAGAAAAAGAUCAAUCUGAAAAGAUUAUUUCUAACGGUCAAGCUAAAGGUGCACAUUGUAGAGAAAAUACAACACAGACAUCAAUUGAAGGUUUGCAUCAUGAACUCGACGACAAAUGUUCACAGAGUAAUGACAUAAGUCUGAAUGGUCCAAGUGCCAUGUCAUACAAAGAUACAUCUGCAAUACUGGAAAAGCACAAUGUUAUGGACGUGAAAUAUAACUCAAAUGACUCAGCUAACGAUGCGUAUGCUAAUACUAGUAGACCACAUUUAGACUUCCGCUCUGGAAAAAGUCGUGACGAUAAAGAUUACAAUGAGUCAACAAAGUUGACUUCCAUACUCGGUGCCAGUAAGAUUUCUAGCGACUCUGAAUCUAGAGUGAAAACUAUGAUAAGUUUAUUCACAGAAAAAGCUUCUAAGAAUUCUUAGUGGUAUGCAAUAGUUAUCCAUAAACUGAUGAAGAAAUUAUGUAUAUCCUUUUACU